AUGGCGCUCCACGCCCUCGCGAUGCUGGCGGCAGCCGUGCUCGCCCGGGCGGACGAGACGGGCAACAAGGUCCCGCGUGCGGCGCCGUCGGGCACCGCCGCCUGGGACGCCGCACACUCGUCGGCCGCCGCGGCCGUGGCCAAGAUGUCGCAGCAGGACAAGAUCAACAUCGUCACCGGCGUCGGGUGGAACAAGGGCCCCUGCGUGGGCAACACGCCGGCCAUCGGCUCCGUCGGCUACCCGGAGCUCUGCCUGCAGGACGGGCCGCUCGGCGUGCGCUACGGCACCGGCACCACGGCCUUCACGCCGGGCAUCCAGGCGGCCUCGACCUGGGACGUCGAGCUGAUCCGGCAGCGCGGCGAGUACCUGGGCGCCGAGGCCAAGGGGUGCGGCGUGCACGUGCUGCUGGGCCCCGUGGCCGGCCCGCUGGGCAAGAACCCGACGGGCGGGCGCAACUGGGAGGGCUUCGGCGUGGAUCCGUACCUGGCGGGCAUCGCCAUGGCCGAGACGAUCGAGGGCAUGCAGUCCUCGGGCGUGCAGGCGUGCGCCAAGCACUACAUCGCCAACGAGCAGGAGCUGAACCGCGACACCAUGAGCUCCAACGUCGACGACCGCACGAUGCACGAGCUGUACCUGUGGCCGUUCGCCGACGCCGUGCACGCCAACGUGGCCAGCGCCAUGUGCAGCUACAACAAGCUCAACGGCUCGUGGGCCUGUGAGAGCGACCGGGCGCUCAACGGUCUGCUCAAGACGGAGCUCGGCUUCCGCGGCUACGUCAUGAGCGACUGGGACGCCCAGCACACCACGGUCGGGUCGGCCAACGCGGGCCUGGACAUGACCAUGCCGGGGAGCGACUACAGCGGCAAGACGGUGCUGUGGGGCCCGCAGCUGAACAACGCCGUCAACAGCAACCAGGUGUCCAAGGCGCGGCUGGACGACAUGGCGCAGCGCAUCCUGGCGGCCUGGUACCUGGUCGGGCAGAACGCCGGCUACCCGGCCAUCAACAUCAAGGCCAGCGUGCAGGGCAACCACAAGGAGAACGUGCGGGCGAUCGCGCGCGACGGCAUCGUGCUGCUCAAGAACGACGGCGGCGUCCUGCCGCUCAAGAAGCCGGCCAAGCUGGCGCUCGUCGGGUCCGCCGCGGUCGCCAACCCCAACGGCAUCAACUCGUGCAACGACCAGGGCUGCGACCAGGGCGCGCUCGGCAUGGGCUGGGGCUCCGGCGCGGUCUACUACCCGUACAUGGUGGCGCCGUACGACGCGCUCAAGGCGCGCGCGCAGAGCGACGGCACCACGCUGACGCUGCACAACUCGGACAGCACGAGCGGCGUGGCGAGCGCGGUCUCGGGCGCUGACGCCGCCAUCGUCGUCAUCACGGCCGACUCGGGCGAGGGCUACAUCACGGUCGAGGGCAACGCGGGCGACCGGCAGAACCUGGACCCGUGGCACAACGGCAACGCGCUGGUGCAGGCGGUCGCGGCGGCCAACCCGAACACCAUCGUGGUCGUGCACAGCGUCGGGCCCGUCAUCCUCGAGACCAUCCUCGCGACCGCCGGGGUCAAGGCGGUCGUGUGGGCGGGGCUGCCGAGCCAGGAGAACGGCAACGCGCUGGUCGACGUCCUGUACGGGCUCACCGCGCCGUCCGGAAAGCUGGUCUACACCAUCGCCAAGCGGGCAGAGGACUACGGCACCGCCGUGGUGCGCGGCGACGACAACUACAGCGAGGGCCUGUUCGUCGACUACCGGCACUUUGACAACGCCAAGAUCGAGCCGCGGUUUGAGUUUGGCUUUGGGCUGUCAUACACGAACUUCACCUACAGCAACCUGACCACCACGACCGCACCGACCCUGACCGCCGGCCCAGCCACGGGCGCCACCAUCCCCGGCGGCCCGGCCGACCUGUGGGACACGGUCGCCACCGUGACGGCGACCAUCACCAACAGCGGCGGCGUCGCCGGCGCCGAGGUCGCGCAGCUGUACCUGACCCUGCCGUCGUCGGCACCCGCCGCGCCGCCCCGGCAGCUGCGCGGCUUCGCCAAGCUGGCGCUGCAGCCCGGCGCCAGCGGCACCGCCACGUUCAACCUGCGCCGGCGCGACCUGAGCUACUGGGAUGUCGGCUCGCAGCGGUGGGUCGUGCCGGCGGGCACGUUUGGGGUUGUUGUUGGGGCGAGCUCGAGGGAUGGGCGGUUGGAGGGGAGUUUGGUCGUGUAG